UAUCUUUUAUAGAUAUGGAUUAACCACAAAGUUAAAUGGAAAGAAAAUGGCAGCUGCUGAUGCCAAUAACCGUGUUCACCUUUUCCGUCUACAAACGCUUAUCAUAGAUGGCGGACUUCUAAUAUUAAGAAAUAUUCUCGACCAGAAUCUCCACGUCCAGAACAUCUCUCUAAGUGCAUGCUUGAAUACAGAAAGACCGAAAAUUACACUUCUCAAGAGACAGAACACAAUUACACAAGUCCAGUAUGAUCUACUGUAUCCACCUGCAGGUGGAAAACUUCCAUCGACAGCCGACUUUGACAUCACGCUUAUAAUAUGUCUGCUGAGAAAUCUGAAAACUUGUGGAUUGAACACAAAAUUUAAAUGGAAUGACCCGCUGCAGGCAACAGAUACAAGUAUAGAAGCGGAUGUGUUAAGACUGAAACAUUUUAGAAAUGAGGUUGCACAUAUAUCGACAACAACUGGAAUCGACGUGAAAACAUUCAAUUUAAAAUGGACGGAAAUCGAACAGGUGAGACAAUGUAUUACAGAAAACAUUCCAAAAUCUAAUUUAACAUGGUAAUGGUUAAUCGCUCUGGUUACUCUUAGGUGAAAGGUGACAAUUCUA